UCGAAAUUUCAGCCAGCAGGACGAUGGGCAAGCGCGUUGCCAUCAUUGGCACCGGCGUCUCGGGGCUUGGGCUCGCGAUCCAACUUCAGCGCUCAAGUCGGCAGGACGAGGUCGUUCUCUUUGAGAAGGCGAGCGACCUCGGCGGGACGUGGCGCGACAAUACGUACCCCGGCGCCGAGUGCGACGUCGAGGCCGAGCUGUACGCCUUCUCGUUCGAGCCCAACCCGUCGUGGUCGGCGACGUAUCCGACGCAGGCCGAGAUCUUGGCGUACCUCGAGCAUUGCGCGACCAAGUAUGACGUCCGACGCCUCAUCCGCUUCAACACGACGAUCGACUGCGUCGUGUACGACGCGUCCAGCUGCACGUACCUCGUCACGACCACUGCCGGCGACAGCGAUACCUUUGACGUCGUCGUCUCGGCCGUCGGGCUGCUCCACCGAGCAUUCAUACCUGAGAUCCCAGGCGCCUCGACGUUUGCUGGCACCGCGUUUCACUCGGCGGCCUGGGACCACAGCGUCGACUUGCGCGGGAAGCGGAUCGCGCUCAUCGGGGCCGCCGCCAGCGCCAUCCAAAUCGGACCUGCGCUGGCGCCGAUCGCAUCACAGCUGCUUCUUUUCCAGCGCAGCGCACACUGGGUGCUUCCAAAGAGCGUGCGUCGCUUUUCGUUGACCGAACGCUGGCUCGCGCGCCGCUGGUCGAUUUACCAACGCGCUCGUCGCUGGGUCUGGCACCUCCUUCGCGAGCGCAUCGUGUACCUUGUGCUCUGGCGUCACUACGUGGGAUGGCUCCGGGCGAUCUUUGCAGGCGGCUCGCAGCUCUAUAUGUGGUGGCACGUUCGCGAGCCAAGGACGCGCGCACUUCUGACGCCUUCGUACCCGUUUGGCGGCAAGCGUAUCCUGGUCUCGGACGACUACUACCCCAUGUUCCAGCGACCCAACGUGUCGAUAGUGUCCGAGCCGAUAGCGCGCAUCACCGCCAACGAGCUCAUAACAACCGACGGCGCUGCCCACAACGUCGAUGUGAUUGUCUUUGCCACCGGGUUCACACCCACGUCGUUUCUGGUGCCAAUGGACGUCCGCGGUGUCGGCGGCCAGCGCCUUCACGACGCCUGGGACGGGUGCCCGCACGCGUACCUCGGCAUGCAAGUGCAUGGGUUUCCCAACUUUUUCAUGCUGUAUGGGCCCAACACCAACUCGGCCCACAGCUCGAUUUUGCUUUUGAGCGAAGCGCAAGCCCACUACGUCGUUCAGUGCUUGCAUGCGCUUGAUGCGCAGGACGCGCGCGUGAUGGACGUGAGAAGCGAAGCCAGCGCCCAGUACCAAUGCGAGAUGGCGCGCCGUUGCAACGACAUGAUCUGGGCUGACGUCGACGCGUCACCGUACAAGGACGCAACGAGCGGCAAAAUCACUACCAUGUGGCCUGGCACGAUGCACGAGUAUGUCACUCGGACGCGGUCCGUCGAUGUCGCGGCCUACAUCUUUGAGUAGCGUCCAACUCGACAAGUUUUUGGCUUGGUUAUGCCCUUUCUGGCAAUGAGCAUGGCGACUAACUAGCUCUCUAC